AUUUUUUAGAUCUUUAGUUUAUUCUACAUUAUGGGUAUCCUCAGCCCCAUAUGCUUCUCCUCAAACCAACAUCAUCUAUAUGGAAUUGCUGUGGAAACAGACAUGGAGGAUUUGAGCCCGCGUGUUAUUCUGAUAAAGUCAAAUCCAGACCCAAAAUCCGCUGCAGACGUUGCAUGGACCGUACUCUCAUCCAUCAAAGCAGCCGUACUUUAUGAUUUAUCGAAAAGAGUUGGCAGUCGCAUGUGCUAUGUGGAUGAAAAGGAAGUGUUCACAUACAUUUGUACGGGCGUUGAGAAGACACCUGAUGUCUUCAGUUCUGCAGGAGUCCAAUUCAGCCCUCUCUACUCUGUUACAGAGGAGGGUCAGAAUACUGGCAUCGGUGGAUGGAAGAAUGUGGAUGUGAUGCCUCCUUAUCCUUGGACCGCCGAGGGACUUAAAGCUACGGUCCUCUUCCAUAUGACGGAUGCUUCACAAAACAAUGUGCUAAUUCAUUCCUGGAUCGACUCUAAUAGUGUGCUUCAUUUUGGUGUGCUGGACAAUAUAUCGUUACAGUUCAAUAAGGGGCCAGAUUGGAUGUUUCCAUCGUUCUUGCCCACUUUAGUGAGGUUUCACAAAAAUACCCUUUACAUUAUCUCAGAUAACCCGGGAUUCCGAAAUAAUACUGUUAGUAUAAUCACUAUCCCACUCAACAGUCCAACCAUUGCUCCUCAACCUCCUACCGAUCUCCAAUUCCUCGGACCAAAGGUGUUCACCAAGUUCACUGAAGCCAGCCCCGAGUUGGAUUCUGCGAUUUUUUUUAAUGCAGGUUUCUUUGAUGAUACAUACUAUAUUACAUACUCUGCUCAAAUUAACAACAUCACACGGGUUCAGCAAAACCAAUUGUUUACUAUGAAUAUUGCUAAUUUCUCGACUGCCAGAGAUAUACCAAUUGGCUCAGUUUAUCCAAGGUUUGGCGUGAAAGCGAUUCAUUCUACAGUGUUUGGAGAACGGAACAUGAAUCCAGCAUAUAUUUACACAGAAGCUAUCGAUCAAUCGAACGUGAGUUCGAUCCACCAGUUCACCCUGAGUGGUCCACAUGCUGGUCAGUGGUCCAAUGUUAGCUAUCCUAUCAGUGUCACAGAGCCCUUUGGCGAGGAAAGGGGGUCUUCACCCGAUAUUCACCGCACGGUCCGCCCCUCCGGACGACUUCAUUCGACUGCGCCUGACUGGGGAAUGAUUUUAGGAACUGUUUUGAUCUUGUUGGCGAUGGUUGGAGCAUUUGGGCAUUUGCUCUACGUACGACACUCAGAGAGGAAAGCGGCAAAGAAUGAUGCCGCUAUUGCUGCAGCGCAACAGCCUUUGCUGAAGGAGGAGUCGAAUAGCAGUGGCGGUGAAUAUGGUGAUCCAAAGAUUCUUCUUCAACCUGGGCCUCAGCUCAUUGAAUCACAAUCACGGUCGAAUCAGUCAUAUCAACCCGGAGCAAUGAAUACGGUCAUCCGUCAUCCUGAACAACAAAACCUUUUGUCUCCCUCACAAAGUCAUGUCGUAUCGCCCUCGCCAGGGAUUGGUUACACAGGUGCUCAAGCCCAAGCCCAAAUUGAUCGAAAUUUAGGCUCAUCGGAGGAAAGGCGUGCACCACCCAUUCCAUCUCAUUCGCAUCCUUCCUAA